UAUUCUCCAUUUUCUGUUCAAUCCUAUGUGGCUUUAUUAUUGUUCCUUGCAAGCAAACAAACGAUUGGUUAUUUUAUACAAAGUGGCCUUAUCAUUGGAACAGCUCAGAUUAAAUCCAAACCGUUGCUUAACUUCCACUUGUUAUUCGUAACAAUCUCAACGGUUUCUGCAAAUUCUAUACAAAUAUUGAACUCUCUUUCAUUCUUUUUCUUCUCCUUCAUCUUCACUUUUCCCCUUCAAAAACACACAAAAAUCUGCAUCAAUACUUGAGUUUCAAUUGGAUUAUAUACUUUUACAAUUUUCCAAAUUAGUAUCUUUCUCAGCUUUUUUUUUGUACUUUUUAAGGUAAAAGUUUCAAGAAUUCUCGAUAUAAAUAAAUGUCGUUGGCUUUCACAAAUCUUUCAUGGUGGUUAUGGAGUGGAAAACAUCAAGAACCAAGAAUCUCAAAAGGGACUUCAAUAAAUUCUUCAACAGAUUUGAAUAUGUUGGAAUCUGAGGUAAUGAGAUUUCCUUUGGUUCAAACAAACAUAGGAUCUUCGUCGAGAAAGGUGAAGAGAAAAUGGAAUAGUAGGGAAGAGAGGAAAGUAGAUAGGGAAUAUGAUGUUGUUCUUGUUCCAUCUGAUGGUGGAUGUGUUUCUGGUUCUGACUCUGAUGAUUCUGAUUGGUCAAUUGGAUGGAUGGAACCUCAUGGACCUGGUUUUCCCAGUGAUGAUGAAACUGAUAAUAGUUUCGCAGUUUUGGUUCCUUGUUAUGGAAGAGAAUUUGGUGGUAGGAUUGAGGAGGGUACAAAAACCAACUUACUUAAUGGUGUUGGCAAUUUUUUGGAUAGUUAUUCUGAUGAAAGCAAGAAAUAUGUGGAAAACUGGCUAUCUUCUCUUCGAAAUACCUGACGAACUAAUCUUCAUCAUUUUGAUCCAGUAUCUUCAUGACAAAAUCAUCUGAUCUGAUCUGAUCAUUAGCCAACAACAAAAAAUUGUAUAUUGUAAAUACUGUAAAAAAAAAAAAGAGAGUACUGUUAUGAUGUCUCAUAUGAUUGGUAAAUUUCUUGGAUAAUAAUUGAUACCUAUGAGGAGCAAACAUUGUGAAGAAUAAAGCAAUUGUGUUGGUGUUUUUGCAUUGAGAAUAAUUUGUAACUUCUGUUCUUUGUUCUCUUGCUUUGAGAAUCUCAACAAUGUGGCGAAAUCGGGGGAGCAAGAGAAAUAAUGCAUGUUUGAAGUUUGGUGACUUUGCAGUUUGCAAUUUGUUGAUGUAAAUAUUAUUAAUGUAGAUAUGACUAUGAGAAUUGAUUCAAUACUCAAUCAAUGUUAUCAAACUUGUAUAUAAAUUUUGUAUAAUAACAUAAAGUUCAUUCUGUAUAUAUUUUGGUUUUCACAUAA